CCUGUUUAAUUUUGCAUGAAUCUAUUUUGUAUAAAUAUGACCUUGAGAAUAACUUUAUGGAAUGUUGUGGUAGUCGCCUACAACAAACUGUUUCGUGAAGCAAUGAAGGUUUAUCAGAGCGUCCUGCUACUCUUCUGCUGCCAGUUUCUCCACACUCUGGCCUUAGACUGUACUGUGAUAAGCGGUAACCUGAAGCAGAUAGACGCUGGGGCAGGCUCCGUGGUUGGAGUGAACGAUAAAAAUGAAGCGUUCGUCCUGAUUGAUAAUGUCUUCACAAAAAUCAGCCCGUCUCUAACGCACUUCAGCGUUGGUCCUGCUGGUCAGCUGGGGGUGGAUUCAGCAAACAACAUCUUCAAGCUUCAGAGCGGUUCCUUCAUUUGGUUUCCAGGGCUUCUCAAACAGGUGGAUGCUGGAGGUGAUCAGAUCCUUGCAGGUGUCACUAAGAAUGAUGAAAUUUUCUGUUUAAAUAUGGAUGCUAACAACAACUGGCCAUCUAGCACUGCUCCUUGGGUUAAACUUAAUGGAGGGCUGAAGCAUUACAGCUGCGGUCCGUACAGCUGUUGGGGAGUGAGCGCGGAUGACCUAAUCUGGAUCAUGAAGGAUGUGUCUAAUAAAGUCUGUUCUGGGUCUGGUGGCUUUGUGAAUAUUCCUGGAGCUCUGGCCAUGAUUGAAGUAGCAACUGAUGGCAGUGUCUUUGGUGUCAAUUCUCAAGGGAUGUUAUACAAAAGAAAUGGCGUCACUCGCUCCAACCCCGCUGGCACAGACUGGCAACAGAUGAAUGCUUGUUCCAAUGGCCACAAGCAUGUGAGCUUUGACCUGGGAGUGCUGUGGGCUGUAUGUGUCGACGGCUCCAUCCGUAAAUGUACUUUACAAAACUGCAGCAAGUGAGGAGUUCAAUCAUUAACAGAAACCUCAAAAUAAUCAGUCACUAUUAACAGAAAACCUUGAUUAUACUUUUUCUUC